GUCCCUCGGACCCUGGACCUCCCGGCCCCUCUCCCCACCCGCCCCGAUCGCCUCGCCUUCCUCUGCCCCCGAAGGAAAAGGGAGACGGGGACCCAGAUCCACCCCCAGCCCCACCCCCUGCACCCCAACUUCGGAGUUUGGACCCUCUGCCGGCGGUGGAGCAAAGAAGAUCGGGCUUAGGUGCUUAGCUCCUUUCUCAGGCCUCUCUGCUAUCAUGGGUAGCAAGACUUUGCCGGCCCCGGUUCCCAUCCACCCUUCCCUGCAGCUCACCAACUAUUCCUUCCUGCAAGCUUUCAAUGGCCUGCCCACAGUGCCUUCGGAUCACCUGCCUAAUCUCUAUGGCUUCAGUGCUCUUCAUGCCGUCCACCUUCAUCAAUGGACCCUGGGCUAUCCAGCCAUGCACCUGCCACGCUCCUCCUUCUCCAAAGUGCCUGGGGUCACCAGCCUGGUGGAUGCCCGAUUUCAGUUGCCGGCCUUCCCUCUGUUCCCACAUGUCAUCCACCCCAAGCAUGAAGCUGUGACUGUGCCCCUCAAGGCCAAGCCCAGAUUCGAUUUUGCCAACCUUGCUGUGGCAGCUACCCAAGAGGACCAUGCGAAACGGGGACAGAUGGAGAGCCAAGGCUCCCCUCCUGGCCUAGGCUCCUUGCUUGAGGUCACCAAACUUUCACCGGAGAAAAAACCCACUCGCGGCAGAUUACCUUCCAAAACAAAGAAGGAAUUUGUCUGUAAAUUCUGUGGCAGGCACUUCACCAAAUCCUACAACCUUUUGAUCCAUGAAAGAACCCACACAGAUGAGAGGCCAUACACAUGUGACAUUUGCCACAAGGCCUUCAGAAGACAAGAUCAUUUGAGGGAUCACAGAUAUAUCCACUCCAAAGAAAAGCCUUUUAAGUGUCAAGAAUGUGGGAAAGGGUUUUGCCAGUCCAGGACUCUAGCUGUUCACAAGACACUGCACACACAAGUAAAGGAACUGAAACCUUCCAAGAUGAAGUGCUAAAGCUUCUUCUAGCCUCCAUGAACUUAACUCUCCACCAAAUUCUAUAUUUUAGACCAAAUUCUUGACAAUGGGGAACACUAAACAUGAUUAAUUUAAGGGUUUUUUUUAAAGAAAAGGAAAAAAAACCCCACCAGCUCUCUUUACACCCAAAUGCAGCUUUAUUUGAAACCUGAGUGCUUCAGAGUGUAACUCUUGCAUGACCCGUCAAAAGGUGGUGCUCAAGCUUUGAAGAGGAAUCUUCACGUUGAGAUGCAAAACAACACCGAAAGUAGCUUCCUGAAGCUUUUGCUUUUUUUUUAAAAAAAGUAAUUUUAUCCUUUUUGUGUGUGACUGUUUGAAAACUGAGAAUUCAUCUGCUUCAGAAGAGGAAACCAUGAAAGUAACUGGCUUCAGGUUUUCAGGCACGGAUGUUGUGAAGGGAAGGAAAACCACGAUAAACUGAGUUUGAAUCAUUCGAAAUGACCUCCAUUGCCCCAUCUGUAAGAGAUCCUGCUGUACCCAUACAUAUUUGAACAUCUUAUCUGAUCAGUGGGUCUCUUCUCCCACAUAUUCUGGGCGGUGGGGGGGUUCUACUUGUUUGUUUGUGGUUUAGUGCCUUGGGAACUCAUUUGUAAUUUGUGGAUUUAUUUAAACAAAACAAAAUCAAAAGCCACCCAAGGUGGAAACAUUGGAGACAAUAAACCAAAGUGACUGCUGCACACAGUGGGGUGGAGGAACUGAGAGGUACUUUCAAGUUAGUAGCAUGAGUUUGGAACAGGAGCGAAUGGAUUUGUGGGGUUGGGGUUGACAAAUCUCAUCCUGAGAGUUUUAUCUGAAGUCGUUUUUUUUUUUUUGUUUCUUUUGGACACAGUGUAAAAAAAAAUUGAGACAUUCCAAUAUGUUUUUGGUUAAAAUUAUUGCUAUUUGGCACUUUAUGCUGAUUCUUGAUAAUGAACAUUUAUCACUGGAUUUAUUUGGUGUUUUUUAAGUAUUAAAAUAAAUUGGUAUU